GUUGAAAAAGACCGCGUAAUACACAGCAGUAACUUAAAACUUCCAUCGUCAGUGGACACAUGUUUUUAAAUAUAUUAUCUAAAACAAUUAAAACCAAAUUAACGUGAAUAUGUGAUGAUAAGAAGCUUUGUUGGUUGCUCUUACAAAAAAACAUGGAUCCCAAGUGUAUAUUUUUUUUACUUCUGAACACUUACUUAUCUUUCGCAAACACGAUAGAGUUAACACCUCCAGUUGAAGAAAUCCACUUAAAAGAGGGUGACCCUCUUGAAAUAAAUUGUACAAGCUCGGACAACAUCACAUUUAUUUUUCCUAAGAAUGAUACUGAUAUUCCUACGUCGCAAGAAACUGUAGAGCAUUAUGACGAAGGACAUGAACAUCGUGUAAUUUUAAGAAAAUCUAAAACAAUUUACGGUGACGCCGGUUGGUAUGGAUGUAUUGAUUCUAGUAAAGACCAUGUGUUGAAUGAUUUUGAAGAGGAUAGAAUCACACCUUAUCUUUUGGCUGAUGAAGAUGUUAAAUGGAUUUAUGUCUAUGUUAAAUCAUCUGAAAAAUAUUUUGUGGAACUCCCAGAAUCAUUAAAAGGCAUACAUAAAGAAUCCACUGAAGAAGCUGUAAUAGGAUGUCAUCCAACUUCGCCAAGCUAUAAAAUUACAUUACUUAAAGAUACACAGAAAGUCUAUCUAAGUGACAAAGUUCAAUUUGACCCCAAAAAAGGAUUUACAAUAAAAAACUUAAAGAUAAUAGACGCGGGAUAUUAUGAAUGUACAGCUGAUGAUUCCGAAGAAAUAAUAAAUUUCUACCUUCACGUUACCAGAAAAAAUCCAGCCAUCCUUUAUCCGGUGAUAAAACAAAUGACUCAUCUCCCAGUACUUGGGGGAGACCUUAGAUUAAGCUGCUUCGUUGAAAUCGAUCGCGAUUUAACGUUUUCACAAGAUUGGACAACGCCGUAUACUUUUACACAAGAGGACACCCGACUUCAGAUAACAAGUAAUCAUACAAAAUUAGGCGAUAAUCAACAUAAAGCUGUUAAAGAAUUAAUUAUUACUAAUAUAACUAGCGAAGAUGAGGGUGAAUAUACUUGUACAAUUCAGACUCACUCAAAGACUUAUUCUGUUAAAUUGAAUGUCAAGUUUCAUGAUCCCAAUAUUAAAUAUUUAAAUGUAUUUUUAUACUCUAAUGAAACUUCGUUCACUAGAAAUGAAGGAGAUAAUAUUCAAUGGGUGAUUGAUUUUGAUGGAUAUCCACCACCUACCGUCCGAUGGAUCGGGCCAUCAGAUCAAGAUAUAACGAAUAGUUCAGAUGGAAAAUAUUCGAUAGAAAACACAGAAAAAAAAUCAGUAUUUAAUUUGCGAAGUAUGGGUCUUAAAGACAUGGGAACUUACACCUUUAGAAUUUCCAAUUCUAAUGAAUUUCAAGAUCAAAAUAUGACUUUAAUAGUCCAAGCCAAACCACUCAUCGAAGAGCCGACGGGUGUAAAUAGUUAUUACUUACCGAACUCAGAAGCGAAAAUUCGGUGCCCGGCUGUAGGAUAUCCUUUACCAAAUAUCACAUGGAUGUUUUUUCCUGGUUACAUAAAUGAUUACCCGUAUCCUGACACCAAAAGUAUAAAAUAUGAAAAACUUGAGGGUUACAUUGUUGAAAAAAAAAAAACACUCGUAACCUCUGAGGUUACAAUGAUUGUUAAAACUUCAGGAACCAUUAAUUGUCGGGCCUGCAAUAACCUCGGCUGCGACAACGUCAAUCAAACUAUAUUCUUCGCUGAAGUAAGCGGUGGAUUUGGUAUCUUAGAAACUCCAAAAGACAUUAUUAUCGGCGAUAAUGUUACAUUAACUUGCGGAGCGUCGAUUUAUAAUUUUAGUAGUAAUAUUAAUUGGUUCGAUGAAGAUGAUAAUGAAAUAAAUCAAACUAAUAGAAUGAUUAUCGAUAAAGAUACCGAUGAAUAUACAUAUUUUACACAUUUAAAAUUAAUUAAUGUAAGUAAAUUAGACGCUGGACUGUACAAAUGUAAAGGAUUAUUAAAUAAUGCCGAAAAACUGCAAGAUUAUCAUCGGCUUGAAAUUAAUGAUCCAUUAAAGCCGUAUAUUCGAGAUACAUCUAUGAAUCAAACGGAAAAUAUAUAUACCACUGAUGAAGCUGGCGAGACAACUAUAGAACUUAAAUGUGAUAUUAAAGGAAUGCCGACUCCUAUAAUUUCUUGGUGGAAGGAUAAUACUCGCAUAAAUGGAACAGAUGACGUUUACAAAUUAAUAAAUAGAAAUACAACUCUAGAAAUUAUAAACCCACGUGAAAAAAAUAGCGGAAAAUAUAUUUGCCGUGGAGAAAACCGUUUUGGUAGUGAAGAAACGUUUCAGUUCAUCACAAUAAAAGGAGAAGGAGUACCAAAAAUAUUAAUAGCAGUACUUAUAUUUAUAACAGUAAUUUGUAUUAUACUUGUAAUAUAUUUCUCAAUUAAAGUUCAUCGUGAAAAGGUGAUUAGAAAACAAUUGAUGGAAGCCGGGUUAACUCACUUCGAAGAAGGAGCGUUAGAAUGCCUAAACCCAGAGCUAACGAUUGACGAACAAGCUGAAUUGCUACCCUACGAUAAAAAAUGGGAAUUUCCUCGGGAAAAAUUGAAAUUCGGCAAACAAUUGGGCAGCGGUGCUUUCGGAGUUGUUAUGAAAGCAGAAGCGCAAGGAAUUUGUGAAGGUGAAUCUAACACGACUGUUGCUGUGAAAAUGGUCCGACGUUCCACGGAGUCGACGUACAUUCGCGCUCUUGCAAGUGAGCUUAAAAUUAUGGUCCAUCUUGGAAAACAUCUUAAUGUUGUUAAUUUACUUGGCGCUUGUACUAAAAAUAUCGCCAAGAGAGAAUUAUUGGUGAUUGUUGAAUACUGUCGAUUUGGUAAUUUACAUAAUUAUUUACUGCGACACAGAGCUGAGUUUAUUAAUCAAAUUGACCCGGCAACUGGUAAAAUUGAUCCAAUGAUAGGACGUGAGUUGCUUUCGAGGUCUGUUAGCGUUGGAAGCAACAAUAGGAUAAAAUAUGCAGCAUUAUCAUUUUCUCGUAGUAUCAGUACAAGUUCCAGUAAUGGACCCGAGUUAGUUAGUUACACGCCUGGAAAUGAUACCGAAAGCAUAAAUAUGUCACCAGAAGGUCCCAUUUUAAGUAAUAACUCAGUCCAGCCCGGCUGGCGUUCCAAUUAUCGCGGUGAUUACAAAGAUUACAAUUUGAAGCCUAUUUGCACGCAAGAUUUGCUGUCUUGGGCGUUCCAGGUUGCUCGAGGAAUGGAAUAUUUGAGUCAGCGCAAGGUUUUGCACGGUGAUUUAGCGGCAAGAAAUAUCUUACUGGCCGAGAACAAUGUUGUUAAAAUAUGCGACUUUGGUCUGGCGAAAACAAUGUACAAAGAUGAUAAUUAUAAAAAACAGGGCAAUGCUCCUUUGCCUAUCAAGUGGAUGGCCAUUGAGUCUAUUAGAGAUAGGGUAUUUUCAACCCAGUCAGAUAUCUGGUCAUUUGGAAUCGUUCUGUGGGAGUUUUUUACGCUGGCUGAAACUCCCUACCCGGGUAUGGAAGCUGAAAAACAGUUUCAGAAAUUGGUCGAGGGUUAUCGAAUGGAACAACCUGAAUUUGCUACUAAUGAUGUAUAUAGAAUAAUGAACGAUUGCUGGCGAGCUAAACCAACUGCCCGACCAACAUUCACGGAUUUGGUCGACAGUAUUGGAAAUUUACUUGAUGAAAGUGUUAAAAUGCAUUACGUGGACCUAAAUACGCCGUAUAUAGAUAUGAACACAGCAUUCUUUGAAAACAGACAGAAUGACUACUUAAUGAUGAUAUCAUCGCCAGAUCACGAGGCUCUAUCUUCGCCUCAUGAAUACGUAAAUUCUCCAAUACCAUUGAGUCCCGCGUCAGACACUUCGUACAUCUGCAUGAGUCCGACUCAAGAACGUGACGAGUCUGGGAUAUUUAGUCCUCUUAGUUUGUCUGAAAAAUGUCACUUUGACUUCCCAUCACAAAACAAAAACAGUUGCAACAGUCAUAACAUAAAUUCUGACUCAGAUUCAGAAGCAGUUGAGAUAUCGCCGAUGCUAAAGAGCGAAGACGAUAAUUAUCUCAAGCCUAUUAACAUCCAAGAACGAAGAGCAGAGUUUGCAAGACAGAGACAAGCGAUGAAAAAUUCAAUGGCCAAAGACAAAGCGAUAGAACGAGAUUCGGGGUACUGCAAUGCACCUCAGAAUUUUCGUUUAAUUGAUAAGACACAAGUUCAUUGUAAAGAUGACACUGACGGUAGUGGAGAUAAAAAAUUAAAUAAUAAAAAUAAUUUUAAUAAUUACAAAGAUGGAAUUAUUAGAACACAAGAUAAUUAUGUUAACAUACCGAGUUAUAAUAAUGAAAUGCGAAAAGACAUUCCUGAUAGUUUUACUAAUCCUAGUUACGUUUUUAUGACCAAUGAUAAGGAUCAGACUAAAGUUUAAACAAAUGUGCAAAAAUUAUAUAAUACCGAAUUAUUGAGAUUGUAAUUGUGUUUUAACAGUGAUUUGAUAAUCCAAUUAAGUUUAAAUUAAACAAUAUUAUCGUGUUCCAGAUGCCAUAAAGGUGUAUACCGGCAAAAGGUUCCAGUGAAAAGCUAUAAAGGACGUACACUGAUAAAAAAAUUAACGACUCCAGAGUCAAAAUCGAACCAAGAAUACCAUUUUAAAGAAAAUGAUUUUCUUGAGUCAAGAAAAUGAAUUCUUCACGAAAAAAAGUAAGCUGUAAAAUUCACUUGGAUUCCGGUUAAUUUUUAUAGUUUCAAACAGUACAGCGGCCAUCGGGUCGGCCAAAAUAUAAAUAUUACAGAACUUAAUGUAUAAAGUGUA